GGCGGCGGCUCCUCGGAAGCGGCAGCCGCGCCAGCAGCGCCCGCCCGCCCCGCGCGUCCCCUCCCUCCCUCCCCCGCCGCGGAGACUGGGGGCAGCGCCGAGAGGAGAACCGGGCUCAGCGUGUGUGUGCGCGGGAGGAGGAGGAGGAGGAGGGGGGACACACCGAGGACUGCGCCGGCCGAGGGCGCACGGAGCAGGGAAGCGGCGGCGGCACCGAGAGGCGGCGGCGGCGGGUCCUCGUGCCCGGAGAGGAGGGCGCAGCCCGCACGGGGGUUUCUACCGAGUUUCCUCUUUUUUUUCCUUUUUUUUUUUCUUUUUUUUCGGUCCCUGGGAGUCAGCGGCGGGUCUGCGUUUGUCUCCGGAUUUGAAUCCUCCUCCUCCUCCUCCUUCCUCGGGGAAGCUCCCCUCCCCGCCCCCUCCCCUCCCCCACCGCCUCCCUGCCCGCCCGGAUCCAGCCGGGCGCCCCGUGCCGCGGUCGCGUUGCUCGGCGGAGCUGCUGCGGGCGCUCGCCGUCUCUGCGCGGGCUUGGAAUAUGGUUGGGGAAAUGGAAACCAAGGAGAAGCCGAAGCCGAGCCCCGAUUACCUGAUGCAGCUGAUGAACGACAAGAAGCUGAUGAGCAGCCUCCCCAACUUCUGCGGGAUCUUCAACCACCUCGAGAGGCUGCUGGACGAAGAAAUUAGCAGAGUACGGAAAGACAUGUAUAACGACACAUUAAAUGGUAGUACGGAGAAGAGAAGUGCAGAAUUACCAGAUGCUGUGGGACCUAUUGUACAGUUACAAGAGAAACUAUAUGUGCCUGUAAAAGAAUAUCCAGAUUUUAACUUUGUUGGAAGAAUCCUUGGGCCCAGAGGACUAACAGCUAAACAGCUUGAGGCAGAAACAGGAUGCAAGAUAAUGGUCCGAGGGAAGGGCUCAAUGAGGGACAAAAAGAAGGUCUCCUUUAAGAGCAGAGACAGCCAUGAUCCAGCAAUUUUGGAGGUAGAGGAAGAGCAGAAUCGAGGCAAGCCCAACUGGGAACACCUGAACGAAGAUUUACAUGUACUUAUCACUGUGGAGGAUGCUCAAAACAGAGCAGAAAUAAAGCUGAAGAGGGCUGUUGAAGAAGUAAAAAAGUUACUGAUACCUGCAGCAGAAGGAGAAGACAGUCUUAAAAAGAUGCAGCUGAUGGAGCUUGCAAUUCUGAAUGGCACCUACAGAGAUGCCAACAUCAAAUCACCAGCCCUUGCCUUUUCUCUUGCAGCAACAGCCCAGGCUCCAAGGAUUAUCACUGGGCCUGCGCCUGUUCUCCCACCAGCUGCCCUGCGUACUCCUACGCCAGCUGGCCCUACCAUAAUGCCUUUGAUCAGACAAAUACAAACCGCUGUCAUGCCAAACGGAACUCCUCAUCCCACCGCUGCAAUAGUUCCACCCGGACCUGAGGCCGGCUUAAUUUACACACCAUAUGAAUACCCCUACACGCUGGCACCAGCUACAUCAAUCCUUGAGUACCCUAUUGAACCUAGUGGUGUAUUAGGUGCGGUGGCUACUAAAGUUCGAAGGCACGAUAUGCGUGUCCAUCCUUACCAAAGGAUUGUGACCGCAGACCGAGCCGCCACCGGCAACUAACCUAUGACCUUCUGACCUCUGAACUCUUCACCCAAUGAUGACCUGACCAUGCCUGCCUGCUGAUCAGUUAACUGGUAAACGCCUUUGCUUGCCUGUCUUCAGUGCAGCGAGCUGGGGCACUUGUCCGUUCGUCUUACCAUCUAACAAAACAGACAAAGAAAUUGUUGUCCUCCAACUCCGCUUUUUGUUGUUCUCCUGUUUGGGUGAAAGUGGUUCUAGAACCUGCACUGAAUAGUAGUAAAGCAAUAAGGUCCAACUCAUCCCUCCGCACUGAUCAUCCUCUAGUGUCCUGCCCCAAGCGAACGGUAAGGAGGCCUCGCACGAGAUGGAGACAGAUGUCCCUUAACUACCCGAUGACAGAGGCAGUUACUGUGAGAGACUUCUAGGAAUAUUUUUCUUCUCAGAAAAAAAAAAAAAAAAAAAAAGUCAAAGCUCUCUCUGAAUGUACUGUGUGAUGAUGCAUCAUGCAUGAACCUUUGGUCAGGGAUGUCAUUGGGGAAGGGAUUCCAAAAAGUAUUCAAAAUUUGAUACGCUCUUUAGUCACUACCAGUGCCCUCAAAGGGCAGAUGUUGCAGCCUUUUUUCUAUUGCCUGCCAAAUUGGACGUUUUAAAGGAAAGUGUGCCAUGAAAUGCAGAUUAUGAUGACUUUUCAGAACUACAUUAAUGCAGAGAACAAAACAGCAACACUAUUAAAGCAAAAUACGAGUUUAAAUUGUUUUAACCAUAUUUUAAUCUCCUUGGAAGAUUACAUGAGAACAAGGUACAUGCAUUAUGUGUCACAUUACUGGGCAAACUGUUCAAAUAUUUUUUUUAAACCUCCCUGUAUAGAAAAAAUUUCAUUAAGGAUGUAAAAGCCAUGCUUGCCUAUUUGCUGUAUACAUGUAAUGAAAUUGUAGAUAAAGUGUAGUGCAUUGAAACAAAAUGAACAAAAAAGUAGAUACUUUUACUAUACAAGGGUGCUGGUGCAGAAAAAAAAUAUAUUUUUGGAAAUGUAGCAUUUUAUACUUUCAAGUGUUAUAAAAAAAGAAAAAAAGAACAAAGAAACCCUUUAUUUCAUUAAAUGAUUUUUUCUGGUGGUUGUCAAGAAACAAAAGACCAAAAGAGCCUUUUAGUCUUUCUUUUUUAUUUUUUAAGUAUUGGAAUAAGUCUAAAGAAAAGGAAGUGCCUUAUUUUCUUCAUGGUCAUUUAGUCAAAUGUCUUGUAUAAUCAGCUUCUCCCUCAGACAAGUUACUGCAUGCCACUCAGUCGCCCAGUAUGUGAAAGAAGCUGUGAGGGAAGACAAAUGAUGAGUUGACCAUAUUAAUUACCUGAUUUUUGCCAUACUAGUGUGAUGUGACUUUGCCAAAAUCUCAUUAAGUGAAGUAUUUGCUAAGUUUUCAUCAAACCAGCCCAUUAUUAUUUCAACCACUCUACUUUUUAAAUCAUAGCAAAUGCCGUACUUGUGCAACGUAAACCAAAGGGUUCUGUGAUACAGACUGUCUCAUGCUAAAGGAGAUUAUUAGCUGACAAAUGUUUGUAGAGCUGGAAGUUAUGUCAUUUUUGUUCAGGGAUGGAGAGGAGUUUUCUUGAUUUUGGUUGAAAUAAAUAUACAUCAACUAUAGUAGGCUUUGGCACCACCCAGAAAACAGAUGUUCUUUGGAUAAUGAAACUGAAAGUGCUUAGCGAGUUUUCACGUCCCCAGUUUUCACAAGCAGCUCCUGCAGUGGCAAACAGCACGGAAGUUGCGUAGUUUUCAGCUCGUCUUUGACUAUUGUUAGAUCUGGCCCAUUGACUUUUCUUCAAAAGAUAAGCAGGAGAGGGACUUCAGCCAUUUGAAGUCCAGCUAUACUUUAUUUUUAACCCUUGUUUCCACAUGAGGUUCGACUAGCUGGGCAAUUGCAAGAGCUGAAGCUGUUGAACGCACAGUAUUUAGUUCUGAAAACGUUAAGUAUUAUUUUGUGGGGCUCAGUACUAAACUUGGCAAAUAUCAGGUGAUAAUUUUAUUCCCCUCUUGUCAACUUAUUCUCCUCCUGCAAAUCUUCACAGCUUCCAAGUGAAAGGUCAAUAGUAAGCUAAGAGGGCUUACGUUUUUAAGCACCUGCAUGGUGACCUCAUCUAACAUCUUGUCUCACCUGGAAAUAAUUAUCAGUUUAUUUACUAUGCAAUAGACAUUCAUCCUUUCGUAUUCAGCUAGAUUUUUGUUUAUUGUGCCACCGGCUUUGUCUUCCUGUUACACAUACAGUUGUGUUGAUUUUAUUUACAGUAUAUGCUGUGCCAUUUUGAUUUUAUUUUGGUUGGUUGGUUGAAUAAACUUGCGACACUCGAACAUUUGAAGAGAGAUUUGCUAAAACAAUACCAGUAUUUGAUCCAGUUUCAUCUCAACUAUGAUAAAACCUGGACAUUUUAGACAUUUAUCAAAGGUCUUUUACUUGGGGGGAGGGGAAGUGUAUGGAAUAGAUGUGUGACAUGUGAAAGUAAUGUUUGCUCUGAACAAACUUCUGAAAACUUAGUUGACAAAAUUUUGGAUCAACUUAAAAGCAUGACUUUUGAAAUCUCUGAAUGCCUUGGUUCUCAGUAUUAUCAUUCUUUAAUGACUUCUUCUUUAUUAAAAUAAGUAGUUUUAAGACUUCUUUCUGACAGUAUUAUGUAAUUUUUUUAGAGUGGGUAGAUGGGAGUGUCGCUUGUAUGUAACCGUACAGAUGACAUAUAUUUGUCUAUUCUUUAUUAUCUUAGUAGUUUCAUGCUAUGUAUGUACCAUAACCAACCUAUUGCCUAUGAGAAACAUGUAAGAUAAUGUAUUUACAGCCAUUGUUACAAGUUUAUAAUGUAUUUUUCUAUCUUGUUUUAUAUGUAUGUUAUAUAACAUUCAAAAGAAUUUUUUUCCUGAUUGAGAAAAAAGGAUACAAAAUGCAAAACCCACAAUUUUGAUAACUGAAAAAUUGCCAAUUGUUUUGCAGUACUUUAUUAUAUUGGGAGUGUUGUCUUUCUUGGGCUUUUAGUUAGCUACUGGAUGAAUACAUUAGACAUAUUUGGGUUUUAGUUGGGUUUUUACAUAGCUUGCAUUUUAAUUCUUUGGUUCUUUGCUGUUUCUAUUAACCCAUAGCAUUAUUUUAAUAAAUGUUAUAAUACCAACCUACUAACUCUGGACUAUGUCUGUUUAUUAACCAUUACAUGUUUAAUUAAAAUAAACAAAUAAAGACGGAAGAAUGUAAAGUCUUGAGUUACUGGACUAACCCUGAAGAACGUGACCACAGAUAACACAACGUGACUUGUUUUUGUGUUGUUUGUCAGCUGACAUUCUGCACACUACUAUUAAGUUGGCUUUGGUCAUUCUGGCCUUUUACCUUGGGGAAUAGGUGCCAGUAGAAAUGGGAACAAAGUAGCAUUUUUUGAGGCAUUCUUCUUGUAGUGUCUCGCCACUUGCCUUUCAGCAUCUGCAUUACUAAUUCCACACUUUCUUUUUCUUUCUCUAAAAUAAUUACUGUUGGCUCACAGCAAAAGAGCAAAAGAUGCCAGUGUAUUGGUAAAUCGUGACGGUGUACAGAAACCAGUUUGAUUCUUUGUUGAACCAUUCAGAGGUUGCAAUUAAUCUCACAGUAAUUUGUGAUUUGUUGGUUUUGGCACCUGAUUCACUGUUGCAUCAUGUGACAUUUCUAAGCAGAAAAUAUUUCUGGAUAAAACUGCUGUACAUUGAAAUACAAAACCUGGGGGUUUCCUUUGGCAAAAGUGCCUUAUUUAUGCCAUGCUAUUUCAAGUAACUUUUUUUUAUGGUACUUCUGCUGUAGUCUGUCAGUAUUGCCUAGCUCAGGGGAGUACAACUUCUGUAAGCCAAAGGUCAAACUGUUUUUUUUUUCCUAAUGACUGCAGAAAGUACAAAAAUACACCUUUCACUAAAUUACCAAGCAAUAUCCAUUUCAAAUUCCAGAGCUGCCUUUAUGUGAUCUUUAUCCCUGUGGAUGACUGGAGCAACAUGAAUGCAGGGAAUUGAAAUUGUGAAAAUGCUGUUUUGAAUGUACAUCUAUGCAAAUAUUUUUACAGAAAUGCUUCCCCUUUCUUAGAACUACACUAUCUGAGCCUCCUUCAUAUUUCCCAGGUAGUUCUCCUGGAUUUGUAACCUUGAGUGGGCAGUAAUUACCACUACUAUCAAGGGACAUCCUCGAUGUAGAUAACUUUUCAGAUGCCAAUGGAUUUCUUCCUGGAAGUCCCAUUUUUUUCCUAUAGAUAGUAAAAUUCCAGAUGAGGAGUCUGAAUCUGUUCAAAUUCCUCCUUUAAUUUAUGACGUUUCAAACUAUUUAUCUUGAAAUACAUGCUAUAUAAAACUGUAUAAAUAGAGUUCUCACAGUAUUGCUAGUAAUUAAAAUUUUAUGCAUCUUUAUUUUAUGGAGAAAAAUAGUCUAGCUUUCAUGAUGUUUGUUGGUUUUCUAAUGGCAUGUAGUUCUUUGUUUUAGAAAAAUUGUAGGUAGAGCUGAAAUACCAAUACCUUUUGAAUAGUUUCACUUGUGCAGAAUUUUUUUUAAAUUCAACAGAUCAUGUUGCUAUCCUAAAACUCAGCCACAGGCAGAUGAUAAGAAUAUUAGGUAAUUACAACAGAUAAUAUCAGGACCUUUUGACUGGAUAAUGGAACAAGUGUCCUUACAGUGCAAAUAAUUUAUAAUCUUAAAGAAUUUUAUCAGAGGCACACAUUUAGUUUGGUGAAGUACUCUAUCCAGUAUAGGUGAAACUAUUCAGAUGGAACAAAACUUUAGUGUUUUAUAUUGAAGAAUACUUCUAUUCUGAGAACUACUGCUUUUCUGUAAUAUUUUCAUUAUUUUUUAUUUUUAUCAAUAGAUAUUAACUACUGUCAUACUUUGUCCACAGUGCAUUUUCAUCUCAUUCUUCAGUAUAUGCCAUAGUGAAAGUUGCUGUAAAUUGUGUAGUCCUUUAAAGCUGGAGGACAGAAAAAAAUAGGGAAACUCUAAAAUCAAAAUAAUACACUAUUAUUGUUGUCCACCAAAGGCAUUUCUCAACUUACCUGAGUGCCUGUCUGAAAAUUUAACUAUUUUUUACUUUGCCUGCUUACAGGAAAGAUAUGAACUGUUUUUAGAACUGAAUUUGAGGAUGACUUCAAUAUUGCUAAAUCACUGAAGUUAGCUUCUUUUUCUUUCUUAUUAUUCUGAGGUUAAAUUGUCUUAACAUUUGAAAGAUCAUACAUUCAAGACAAUUAGAUAAUUGCUCUUUGAUCCAAUAAAGUGGGAUUUAUCUUAGGUUUUGGGGUUUUUUUAAUUAGGUCAGCAUAUAAAUAAAAAUAUCAUCAGGCCUUUCAAAGUAAACUCUGAGCAGUGCUCUUCACAUCUUAAAAGUGAACUGUUGUACCGAAGUACACCAAAUUUGGUUUCAGUUAAGAGUAUUUUUGUGCGUUUUAUAAAGUGCCUUCAAGAACACACUUCAGAUAUUUUUAAUGAGCAUAUGUUCAGUGUACUGACAAUACUGAUCUUUUAUUUGAACAUACCUUUUAAAUGUGUGUCAAAAAUCUACAUGUAACGAAAGGUUUAUUGCCAGAUUGUACUCUGUGAGGGGGACCACUAAAAGGUUUUCUGCCCUGAAAAAGCAGGGAAGCAUUGAAGUGUGUUACCAUCCAUUUAGAAAUUAACUUGGCGGAAACAUACUUAGGAGUAUAUGAAACUGAGUUCUUUGUGUCUGGAUAAAAAUACCAGUUAUCAGAAAUAGCGCAUUGUACAGAACGAAAUCUGAGUAACACAUUCCUAGGGCUGGAAGUACAUGGUUUUUCCUGGAAUUUCUGUUUUGUUUUAAUAUGCUUGAUACAUUUUUCUAAAACACUGGAAUACUGUCCAAAUAACACAUGACCCAUAACGUUAGCACGUGGUAAUCAAUGUUGAAUCAAACUGGUUGACGAAAGUAUAGUGCUCUUCCUUCUCUGUGCCUGCGCACUAAUUGCAGGUGGUGCAUAGGGGCUGGGGCUUAGGCACAGCAGGUUACAGUCCUAAUUUCUUGGUGCCUGCAGUUUGGGUGUCCGUCUUUGACAACAAGACUAACUGGGAGGACUUUGCCUCCCAAGGCAAAGAUUAGCUGAGAUCUGAAACUCUUUGUAGAAUUAAUUGAAAAUACAGCAACAACAAAGUGACAUAUAUACAUAAAUGCUUUGACUUGUACUAUGGCAGUUUGUGUGAAACAUUUGAGGUUUUGUUUGUGCAAAAUAAUGUAUUCUGAGGGGAAAAGCAAACAUGGACAUUGCCAAAACACAUGUAAAUAAACACCAUUUAUGACUGUACAUUAUGUGCAAUAAAGUAACUGGAAAAAGGUGCAUGUACUUUAUCCUCAAAAGAAAACUGACAGCUCUCAAUGCUAUAGCUAUAGUUUUAUUUUCUGAAAAGUUAAAUUUUAUUCUGUAUCUAAACAGCAGAAUAAAGAAUGUACAUUUUUCACACUUAAA